CAUUGGGGGCUCCUUAAACAUAAGAUGCUAGCUUAGUCGGUAGUACAUGAGACGCUUAAUCUCAAGGUUGCGGGUUCGAGCCCCACGUUGGGCAAAAGAUUCCUGAAUUGCAGGGGGUGGGACUGGAUGACCCUAGUGGUCCCUUUCGACUCUACAGUUCUCUGAUAGUAUAAGUAUAGGGGGAACAUGUGCAGCCAAAACAGCACCACCCAUUCAUAAAGAGAGAUGUGUAGCCAAAAUAGCACCACCCAUUCAUAAAGAGAGAUGGAAAAGCACAAACCAAAAAAACACGACUCCCUGAGGGGGAGAACUUCCCGAGAACAGCCCAGAAAGGACUGGGCAUGCUCGGGGGCUUUGUAAUGCUUGCAGACCUUGUGGAGAGAAAUGGGGAAGCAGGUUGGAGGGGGAAUAGAACAAAAUGCCCUAGAGCACUUCACGCUGCAACUCUGGGUUGCAGCGCCCACUUGUGCUCUACAAGAAUGCGUCUCAUGAAACCUCCAUGGAUGCCGUCCUUUUUUUGCCAUUCCAGUUCCUUCUUCCUGAAACGGGAUCCCCGUUGGUCGAGGAGCGGGUCAUGGCCUUGUCCAGAAUCACCAAGCUGGUCUGCUGGAUCACGUCCCAUUGCACACCCGAAGGAAUGAAGGACUUCAAGAUGGGGAAGCUGGCGGGGCACCUGGCGCUUUGCAGCAAGGACUCCAGCGAGAGCGUGUGCCACUGGGCGGCCGACGCACUCCACCGCCUGUACACCCUGAUCCUGCACCAGAAGAGCCUGAUGAAGCCUGAGAACGACCCAGAAUUUAUGGAGCUUAUGCAGGACUGGAAAGAGGAAAAGAUCUUCUGGCUGGCCUGGUUCUCUGACAUCAGCACCACCACCAUGAAAUUCAAAAAAUGCCUGCAUGCCGAGGAGCAGAUGGACUUCCUCCUAGCAGCCAUCAAGGGCAUGAGGGACGACAACCUUUACCACACGAAGGCUGCCAUCCUGAUGCUGAAAGCCAUGCUGAGGGAUCCCCAGCCCGUUUUCAUCAAGGUGCCCAAAACCACCAGGUUCAUGUAUUUCAGUCUGGAGCACAUUGGAGACCCGCAGGCCCGCCUGGAAGUUUUCAGGUUCCUCUUGCUUCUGGGUAAGAGCCGCCCUCAGGAUGUGGUGAAGACCCUCCUGGCCUGCUCUGUCCAGUGUGACAGCACCGCCUCCGCCAUGUGGAACAGCUUAACCUGCUUCUCCGACACUGCGCAGAAGGUCCUGGGCGUGCUGCAGUCCAUCCUGCAAGAGCAGCCGAUGUACUGGGAUGGCCACAGGGUUAAGGCCUCCUUGCGACCCUUGGCUGCCAACGCAGCGUUUUAUGAGAUCUUGAGGCGCCCGUCCCCAGCCUGCCGCGAGGUGCUGAGAGAGAUGUUCACCACGCUGUCCAUAGCAGUCCUCUGCCAAAUCUCCUUCGCCGUGUACUUUACACCAGAGGAGACGGAUGUCUACACGACGGCCUGCAUCCGCCAGGAGAUCCCCAUCCCUCCUGCUCCUUUCAGGUCUGCUUUGAAAACUUUCAAAGGCCUCAUCAGACGUGCAGGAAAUGAGGACCUCAUCCUCAUCAUGAACAAGAGGAGAGGUUCAGAACUCCUGUUGCAUCGCAGGACCCACCUGAAAGGUCUCGCUCUCUUUGCCAGAGAGAUAGUCAGGGGCGAGGGAAGCGAAAGGAUGUUGCCUUACUUGCUGGAGAUUCUGGAAAGCGAGGGGUAUCCGAAGCACAUCACUGUGAUGCCUUUCUUAAUUGAGUUCCUUCAUAAGGGAGCCUUAGCACCAGCUAUGGAAGAUAGCAUCACUGAGCACCUGUGCCGGCAGGUGAAGGCCAGCCAGUGGGAGCUCAGAACCCUAGCUCUCGACGGCAUGAUUUGCUUUUUGGAUCAUCAAGAGAAGAUGAAAAAACUGAAGCCUGCCUUUCCAGAUAUCAUAGCCAGGGUGCACGAGGCGGACAGAGACAUCAACGUGAAGGCUCUCAGGCUCCUGCCAGAACUCCUGAAGUGUCAGAGCAGGGAGGUGAACUCCCUCGCCAUCGAGGUGGCCACCAGCGUGAUGCCACUUUUUGACGACGCGUCCAACAAAGUGAGACUGGCUGCCAUCUCCACCUUCAGCAACCUGUUUGAGAUCGUCCAGUGGGGAGGCAAAGAGCAGAUGAAGGCGCUCGCUCUCCAGAGCCUGGUCCCCCUGAUGGUGCAUCUCCAGGACAGUGUCCCAGUGAAGAAGAUGUGUUGGAUCACUCUGAGAAGAGCUGACAAGUUUCUGAAAUCCUUCAUCCAGUUGUCCAUCCGGGAAAACGAAACCUGGAACUUCUGCAAAAGUCUUGUGAAGCGCUACAGAGAACAAGGGGAAGCCAUCCUUCUGGAUCAGGCCUUUGCUUACCUGGAAAACCCCCGAACCGCUUUGAGAGAUGGAGCCAUCAGGCUGUUAGAAAUCAUCGCUCAGGAGUCAAAGCACCAAGGAACAGUAAAUGCCAUUGUGACCGUCCUGGAUCUUGUGAAAGUGGAAAAUAAAUCAUCCCACCUCAAAACGGCGGUAUCCGACAUAACGGAGGCCUUGGGGCAAGAGGAGCAGCCUUCGGGAAACUUCCUGGGAAGAUGCGUCAGCAGACUCAGAAGGAUCUGGAAAAGAUAGAAGCUUUUCCUCUGGAAAGGGGUGGGGGGAAAGGUACCUGUGUCUUCUACUCCUGCUCGCCUGCCCCACCAGACCUUGUUCAGCCAUGACUUGUCUCCAUCUCAGCCUUGACUCACCCAAGCUAUCUUCCAUCCCAGGCCUGCUCCGCCAGAAACCAGCUCCAUCUCAAUCCAGUAGCCACCACCACAGGUUUGUUGCUGUUGGUUUGCCAGGGCCGAUUCCCUGUUUCCACUCCCUGGGCUUUGACCAGGCCAGUUGUUCCUCGUUGCCUGCCUUGGCGCUUGGGUUUGAAUCAUGCGUCUGAUCCUGCCUACGGCGUCCGGAUCCACUUCCACCCCAAAUUUCUACUGGGUGUUUUAAUCUCUGCCUUCUUUGGGUUCCUCUCCCCAACAACACCUCAUAAAACUCCCUGACUUUGCUCUACUUACAGAACAGGUGUCUCUUCAGCUAUCCCAGGUGAGAAAUCGGCCAUUGUUCUCUCUAAGAACUUUGCUCAGUUCCCCCUAAUAAUCCAUUUGUGCUUUUCAUCCUCUGCGGUGUCUCAAUUCCAAUGAAAUUUCUGGGAUAUGCUUAUUGUGAAGACAAAGCUUUUCAUCCUCAAAUCCCUCCAUUAUUUUAUGUAUUCAUGUGUGUAUUGCAGUAUUGAUGUCCGGCCUUUCAGUACUAAGGCGUGUUCAAGGUGGCCUACAAAAUAAAUG